AUGGUUGCAGCAGCAAAGACAGAAACUCCCAAAGGAAGCGGUGGGUCAGCACUGAAACGUUUGAAGGCAUCCUUGCGUACGGCAGGCAUCGUCGGCCAGCAAGGAAAAGCAAGCCGAUCCAAGAAGGAAAAGAAGCGUGGUAGACCGUCCGAAGUUGGCAAAAACGAUGCCAAGGACAAGUUGCAGCUGAUUCGCGAUGAGUUUAAUCCUUUCGAAUUAAAGACCAAUCACACUAAAUUCGAAGUGAUCGGACGCAAGAUGAAGGGUGCCGCCGGUAAACCAACACUGAGCAAACAGAUUGGUGAGGAAAACCGCAAGAAGACUCUCUUGACCGAAUUGAAAAACAAAAACCGUAUUGGUGGUAUCAUCGAUAAGCGUUUUGGUGAAAGCAAUCCCCACUUGACACCUGAAGAAAAGAUGCUCGAGAGAUUUACCAAAGAACGACAGCGUAAUGCUCGUUCAGCGACAUCCUUGUUCAAUUUGAAUGACGACGACGAAAUUGAAUUGACUCAUUACGGUCAAUCUUUGUCGACCAUGGACGAUUUCGACGAUGCCGGUCUUGCUCUGAGCGAUGACGAGAACGAUAAAGGGCAACUUGACCGAUCCAUCGUUUCUCAAAUGCAUUUCGGCGGUUUCGAUGAGGAUAAGCGGGAAGGUGAAGGUGAACAUCGCAAAUCGAAGAACGAAAUUAUGAAAGAACUUAUUGCCAAGAGUAAGAUGCACAAGGCCGAACGACAACUCGCCAAGCAAGAAGAUGAAGCAUUGCGUGAGGGUCUCGAUGAUGAUCUGGAAGAAAUUCGUGGACUGUUAGACACCAGCAAACCGGCCGGUCGAAAGCCUCUACCUUCGCAAAGCUCUUUGUUCGCCAAGUAUGAAGCAUCGGCGGAGAAGGAAGAAGAUGAAGACAAUUACGGCGAUUACGAUAAGGCGAUUCGUGAGCUUGCCUCCGAUCGACGUGCCAUGGCCACCGAUCGAACCAAGACGGAAGAAGAAAUUGCUUUGGAAGAGAAGGAGAAAUUAGAAAAGGCUGAACGAGCGAGAAAGCGACGUAUGGAGGGCCUCGAUUCCGAGUCCGAGGAUGAAGAUCGACACAAGCGUGGUCAUAAGAGAAAGAAAGCGGCCGGUCCUCAAGCGGAUGACUUGGACGAUGAUUUUGUGGAAGAAAUGGAAGAUGAAGCUUCUCGUCUCGGCAAGGGUCUCACUUUGGAAGAUAUCCAGAGAGGUUUUGUCGAUGAUGAUGAUGAGGAAGGUGACAUGGAUGACGAUGAACAGUCCGAUGAUGAAGAUGAAGAAGAGAGCGACGAGGAAGCGGAUGAGGACGAAGAGGAAGAGUUUGAAGAGACCGACAACGAGGAUUUGGAAAGUGAAGACGAAGAAAUCGCUCAAUUCGACGAGGACGAAGAUGAUAUGAACGAAUUCGGCGCCACGGGCCAGCUGAAGAAAAAGACCACCGCCAAAAAAACAAAGCAGAGUGACGAAAAGCGCGAAAUUCCGUAUACCUUUGAAUGUCCUACGUCGCAUUCAGAGUUAUUGGAGAUUUUGGACGGUCUCACCGUGGAGGACGUGGUGGUGGUUGUGAAGCGCAUUCGUGUUCUCUACCAUAUCAAACUGGCUGCGGAAAACCGAGCGAAGCUGAGUACAUUUCUUGGUGUGCUUCUGGAUCAUAUAUCCUAUGUUGCGUCUACGGUGGAUCCUUUGCCUAAUAAGGUCUUGGAAGAUUUGACCGCUCACGCUUACGGUAUUGCACAACAAGUUCCUGAAAGCGCGGCCGAUGUGUUCAAUGCCAAGUUGAAGCAAAUGCAUAAUACGAUGGCACAGAAGAUCAACCAACCCGGUUCCGCAUGGCCCGACGUCGAAGAUUUGACCACUCUUCGAGUGAUAGGUCAGGUUUUCUCGACUUCCGAUUUAAACCAUCCCGUGGCUACACCCGCCAUGCUUUUCAUGGGUCACGCCUUGGCUCAAUGUCGCAUUCAAAGUGAGAUCGAUAUCGGACGAGGUCUGUUCUUGGUGAUGCUUUUCUCAGAGUACCAAGUUGUCUCCAAACGCUAUAUACCCGAAGUGAUGAAUUUCCUGGGUCGAGCACUGAUUCUAUUAUCGCCGGUUGAGCUGUUUAAGAAACAUCUUCCCGGUCUCUUUCCUAUGCCCGAAGAAAGUGUGAAGCUCCACAUCAAAGACGCGGUAGCAGACGAUAUCGAACACAUUUCAUCCAUCGGUUUAGCACAGCUCGCCACGGAAACGCUGGAAAACGAUCAAGCAAUGCGAUUAAGCUUGUUCCAGGGUGUCCUGCGUAUGUUGGAACGAUAUCUGCAACUUUAUGCAUCCACACCCGCCCUGGUUGAAGUAUUCGAGCCUUUCUCUGCCAUCAUCUCGCAGAUCCGCAGCACAACAUGGCACAAGGAUAUCGAGGCUUUGUUGACUGCUCUAUAUGAUCGACUCCAACGACAGAUCAAGUUUUGCAAGGAUAAACGAACCAAGACUCCAUUACGGAUGCAACAACAUCGCCCCAUACCCAUUGCACAGCACUUGCCCAAGUUUGAAAAGGCGUAUUCGAUGGAUCGUCACUAUGAUCCUGAUCACGAACGUGCCCAAGUGAGCAAACUCAAGUCGCAGCUAAAGAAGGAGAAGAAGGGAGCUAUGCGCGAAUUACGCAAGGACAAUAUGUUCAUUGCUAGAGAGAAGGCCAAGGAGCGCAAGCAGAAGGAUGAAGAGUAUAAUAAGAUGAUCAAGGGCGUCAUGACCAUCCUUGAAGGCGAUCAAGCAGAGAAGAAUCGCUUGGAGCGCGAGAAAAAGAAAUUGUAA